AUGGCUGAAGAGGAGAAGGCGGCGACGGCGGAGGGGGACGCGACGGAGGACGUGAGCGACGUCGACGACUCGCCCCUCCCGGCGUUGAGGCGCCGCGCGGCGGCGAGCGACGACGAGGAGGAGGGCGAUGGCGGCGGCGGUGGGGGGAGUGGUUCCUCGCCGCCGCCGAGGGUGGUCUGGUCCGAUUCCGACUCCGACGAGCUGGGCGCGGCCGAGGUGGACGGCGAAGACGAGGGUUCUGAGGAAUGCGAGGAGGUUCGCAAGGAGUUCGACGCAGGAUCUGGGGGCGGUGGAGAGGCCAAGGAAGUGACGCCGGAUGAGGUGGCUGCGGCGCCGGAGGACGAGGGGAAGUACGAGGAGGAGGAGGAGGCCCAGGCUGAGACGGGAGCCGAACUGAAAGAAGAGGACAAGGAGAACAAGGGGUUCGAGCCCGACGCCGUGCCGAGAACAGGUGCCUUCUACAUGCACGAUGAUCGCUUCCAGAACAAGGAAAACCGCGGCCGCGGGCGCCAGAGGGACUUUUCCGGUGGCCAAAAGUUAUGGAAUUCUAAAGAUGACAGCGUAUGGCUGCAUGAUCGGUUUAAUGAGAUCAAUACCCAUGAUGUUCAACAUGACAGUACAAGGAGGCCAAGAAGUCCUUUUAGAGCUUGGGCUGGUGGUAGAACUCAUGAUGUUAAUCAUGAUCGGUUUGAUGAGAUCAAUACCCAUUAUGUUCAACAUGACAGUACAAGGAGGCCAAGAAGUCCUUUUAGAGCUCGGGCUGGUGGUAGAACUCAUGAUGUUAACCAUGAUCGGUUUGAUGAGAUCAAUACCCAUUAUGUUCAACAUGACAGUACAAGGAGGCCAAGAAGUCCUUUUAGAGCAUGGGCUGGUGGUAGAACUCAUGACGCUAACCAUGACCGGUUUGAUGAGAUCAAUACCCGUUAUGUUCAACAUGACAGUACAAGGAGGCCAAGAAGUCCUUUUAGAGCAUGGGCUGGUGGUAGAACUCAUGACGUUAACCAUGGUUAUCUAGAAGGAACCAAAUCCGCAUCAUAUUAUCAUGAUUACAGAGCAGACUACAAGUAUGGGAGUAUCAACAACUACAAUAGAUUUCCAAAAGAGGCCAAAACUUCCUAUUACAGCGCCAAGAACUACAGAAGUGUUCCAAGAAAAUCCCAUUCGUACUAUGACGAGCAGAACUUUUAUAAUGCUCGGACAGAAUCUCGUAUCUGUUAUGUGAAUGCUAAAGGUCACAACAAUGCACCAAAUGUUAACAGAGGGAAACCAUCAAGGCCCUACCAACCUACCUGGAAGAAUACUUUCCAAACCUCUUCAGUGCAAAACAAUAGGACAUAUUCCAGAUCACAGAAUGAGGAGGGCUGUUCUGAUACAGGUGUGGAAAAGAACUCACAUCGAACUUUAAGUUUGCAGAAUGAACAAGAGUUUACGUCGAAGCAAGAACCCCCCUUUGUAGAAAGAAGGAAAGCACGACCUGACAUUUUAAGUAAGCUCUUCUCAUCCUCUGUUCGAAUGGCACAUAGUUCUCUGAAACCUCAAUCUCGUCCCAGUUUUGGAGUGAAGGCAUUUGCUCCAUCUGGUGAGCAUGGAAAUACUGCUGGUUCUCUUAGUAUGGUAAAAGGCAUGCCUAACCUUGGUUCUCACUCAACUGUAUCAACAUCAAAUAGCCAAUAUUCAGAAUCAAGGGAUCAAGGAAGUGGUUUGAACAUUGGUGUCCCCACAAAGAACAAACUUUCUACUCAGAUAUUUCAUCAAAACAUUGCCAGUGCCAGCAAAAUUCAGUCUCAUCCACAAAAUACACUGAUAAGUUCAACUGAAGAUGCAGAGACCAGUCCCCCUCCUGGGUCAAACAAUUCUUUAGCACCGUCUGUUAUAAUAGUGCAAAAUGAUAAGGUAGAAGCAGUGAGUGGCUCUCUCCCUUGUGGUGGAGGUCAUGCUCUUGAUGUUACAGGAGCAAAGGACCUUACUCUUGGCACUCCAGCAGUAUUGCCAGUUAUGAAGUUUGGUGAGCAGCAUCCUAGGGGACCUGAUAUCCCAUGCACUGCUAUGGCUUUCCCAGGACUUUUGGCUCAUCAACCCAGUGACAAUUCUGAGCUUAAUAAAAUUACUUGGCUGCAAACAUUGUCUGGUGCUACUGGGGUUCUUGGGGCAACAUAUGAUCCUUCUUAUAUUGGCAGUCAUUAUCCCCAACCAUCAGUAUUCCCAAGACACCAUUGUGUGACUGAAGUUCCUGUUUUGUUGAACUCCCCUGAAAUACCAGGUCAUGAGCUUGGCCAGCGCAAGAACAAACUUCUCAGAUACUCAGAGAUGAACUUCGCUUUAUGA